UAGGAAGGAGGGAAUAGUCCCGCCCCCUGUAACCAGGAAGAAGGAAAGCGUCCCGCCCCCUGUAACCAGGAAACCCGUUUGAUUGAUGGAUAAAGAAAGGUCAUUGAACUAACUGAGUCAAGUAUCUAUAGCAGUAUGGGUCUGUGAAGAUGGAGGUCCAUUUCCACGUUCCUAUGUACUGUCUCGCUUAGGAUGAUCCGCGUCUUGCCAGAGGAUGUCAGAUGUCGUUUGCGGUCAGGAAUUGCUAUAACAUCGGUCAGUCAGUGUGUGGAAGAACUUCUGCUGAACGGUGCUGAUGCCCAGGCCACGUGUAUUGCAGUACGGGUUGACCUUGAGAUCUUUAGGGUGCAGGUGGUGGAUAACGGCUGCGGUUUGGGCCCAGAGGACAUGGAAAGAGUGGGGAUGAGAUACUUCACCAGUAAGUGCCAUUCCCUGAAGGACUUGGAAGAUUUAAGAUUUUAUGGGUUUCGCGGGGAGGCGAUCGCCAGCAUGGCCGAGGUGUGCAGCGUCGUAGAGAUCUCCUCCAAGCAGAAACCUACCGGCCGAACGUUCACCAAACUUUUCCAGAACAGGAAGCCACUCCCGGUGCAGCGGCCUGAGGUGACCCGCCCCAGCGCUGGUACCACCGUGACGCUGUAUAACCUCUUCUAUAAUCUACCCGUGCGGAGGGGGUGCGUGGAUCCCGUCUUGGAGCUGGAGAGGAUUCGCCAGAAGGUGGAAGCGGCUUCUCUCAUGAAACCAACCAUCUCCUUUUCUUUGAAGAAUGAUGCUCUUCAUUCUAUGGUUCUGCAGCUGCCAAAAACCCGGGACGUGUGUUCACGCUUCUGCCAGAUCUAUGGGCCGAUGAAAUCCCAGCACCUUCGAGAGAUCCACCAUACACAGGACAGGUUGAAGGUUGUUGGCGUUAUCAGUUCCGAAGGACACUACAACAAAACAAUGCAGUUCCUGUAUGUCAAUAGUCGACUGGUGUUGAAAACACACUUACACAAACUCAUUGACUCUCUUUUGAGGAAAGAAAGUGUGAUAUGCCGGCCAAAAGCCAGCCAAGCCGUGCGCACAAGCUCCAGCCCUGGCUCCCACCGGACGGGUGCUGAGUUGCAUGGCAUUUUUGUGCUCAAUAUCCAGUGCCCCUAUGAUGAGUAUGACAUCUGCUUUGAGCCUAAUAAAACAUUGAUUGAAUUCCAAGACUGGGGCUCUGUGCUUCUGUGUGUAGAGCAGGGGGUAAAGGACUUCUUGAAGAAAGAGAACCUGUAUUUAGAACCUUCUAAAGAAGAGGUCACUGAAUUUAAUCAGAAACAUCAGGUCGGUUUAUCAGGCCAUGAGUCGUCACCUGAAGACAAUUCGGAGCCAUCAAAUUCCAGAGGCAUCAGCGAGUCCAUAUUGGUCUACCCUGACCUGAGCAGCCUGCGAUCAAAGUCAGUGUGUCGGAAAAAUGUGAUUUUAGCGAAUAUGGUGGACAGUUCCGCAAUCGAGGAUACAACUGACACCAAGGCUGCCAGCGGAGAAGGAAUUUCACUGUCCUCAUCUACCUCACAGAUGGACAGGGAGAAAGUGGACUGUCCGAAUUUUAGUUCUGAUUUCGCACCCUGCAGGUCAGGAAAGCUGAAUCUCGAGUCUGAUGGAGAAGAAGACGUUCAGCAAUUAUCUGGGCAGCAAAUCAGACUCUGUCAUCAUGGUGUCACAGCUGGCUGCUCCAGAUUGGAAUCCUGUAGGAAUGACCAGGAGUUUGUCACUUCCAGACACUCGCUGGAACAUCAUCCAGGACAAAGCAUGCUUUCAAAUAUAAGUCUAAAUGCUGAAUUGAAGGGAGCAGACCAGAGCAGCUCCAAGCCUCCAUCCAGGGGUAUGCACACUUCUGAUGGAGAACCAGGCUGUUUAUCUUCUGUCGCCUACACGCCUCAUUUUCUGGAUUCAGCGCACAGAAACAGCGCAGAUCAUCCUACAGGUAUAACAAUUUCUAAAACAACCACCGUACCUCCAGAGCUCGCAAUGAAAAAAAACCCAUUGAAGUUGCAUCUGCCAGUGAGCCUAGGAUCUCUGGAUAAAUUCAAAAGAGCAUAUGGAAAGAAGGGGGCUGCAGCCCCUGUUGGCCUAGUCUGUGAUAGAGCAGAGUCAGCCAGGGUAGAGGCCUCAUGUCCUUCAAUUGAACGCAUAAAGCCAGCUGUGCAACAGACCGCGUUCCACGCAGAGAGUGAGAAGAGGGCUGAGAUUGCCAGUCCCUUGACUCUAUCCAGCUAUGCAAGUUUAAGGGAAAAGGAGCCAGGAACCAUCAAACUUCACAGCUCCAUAUCGACUAAGCUGUGUCGACUAAAAAAGGACAAGGACCUGGCCUGUUGCCCUCUGGAGAUACGAUCUGGAGAGUUACAGCCAAAGAAUGACACUGACCACUUAAUGGUUGAAGUUCCCCAAACCUCAGCACCCUCCAGCGACAUUCAGCUAUGUGCAAAUGUGAGUAUGGACACAGGAGGCUUGGGUUGUGAGCCAGAAAAAGAUGAACUGGAGCCACGGAUGUCACAGACAGGAAUCCACCAAGAAAAGAAAGAAGCGGAGAAUUCCUCCACGGAGUGGCUGCAACAUUAUGAGCAAAGUCUGGGGAGGAAUGUCUUCAUCAACCCCUGCACUGGACUCAGCACUUACAGCGCCCCGCAGGCGGACCAAACCGUGGCCUGUACCAAAGACUUAUCCACUUUGUCUGUCCAGGUGGUCUGUGAUAAUGGAUUCCAGUACCAAUGUCAUCCGUUUAGGACUGAGCUGCUAGAGCCAUUCUUACCCAGAGCCAGUUCAGAGAGAGGCCCACCCAGCCAGAGAGGUGACGGCUCACUAGAGAUGAUGUACUCAAAGUGGCAGAAUCCAGUGUUUGCCCGACAUCUUGAAGUGGCAGUGGACAUCGGUAAGGACCGUUCAGACUCUUUGGCUGUGAAGAUACACAAUAUAUUGUACCCAUAUCGAUUUACCAAGGAGAUGAUUCACAGCAUGGAGGUUCUGCAACAAGUGGACAAUAAGUUUAUUGCAUGCUUGGUUGACACAAAGACUGAAAGGGCAGGAAAAUCAGGUGGGAACCUCUUGGUGUUGGUGGAUCAGCAUGCAGCUCACGAGCGGGUGCGUUUGGAGCAGCUGAUUGCAGACUCCUACGAGCCAUCAUCAGAAGACGGUGGAAGGAAACUAAAGGUUUCCAUUGUGAAUCCCCCGCUAGAGCUGGACAUAACAGAAGAACAGAGCCGCCUCCUCAGGAUACGCGCAGGUGCCCUGCAGCGGGUUGGACUGUCCCUCUCAUUUCCUGCCAGCUGCUCAUCCCGGGUACUGGUCAGCGAGAUCCCCCAGUGUUUUGUGGAGAAGAAGGUCAGUGAAACACAACGGAGGAGAGUGAUGAUGGCCAGGAAGAUGGUGGAGGAGUUUCUGCAGGAAGAGGUGCAGCAAUCUCCAGGAGCUCCACUUGGACCUCUUCCAGGGACAGUUUUAAAGGUGCUGGCAUCUCAAGCCUGUCACGGCGCCGUGAAGUUUAAUGAUCCUCUGAGUAUGGAUGAGUGUCAACACUUGGUGCGCUGUCUGGCACAGUGUUCCCUGCCCUUCCAGUGUGCACAUGGAAGACCGGCCAUCCUGCCUCUCGCAGAUCUGCUUCACCUGCAGUCGGAGGACCAGGUUUCUCCAAAGCCCAACCUGAGCCGUCUGCGACGCCACUACAAGGCCUGGCGGCUCUUUGGCGCAGGGUCGUCUUGUUCCAUGGAGCAGCCAAUCAGAGCAGAGACUCAUCCAGAUACACAACACUCGAAGGCUGAAGUGGAGUGUAAAACACACAAUACAAUAUUUAUUUCUUGAA